CGAGCAGAGACGGGAAUCAGAACCAACCGGUCCAGAGCUCCUUCUGAACCGAAACCGAACAGCUGCUUUUUUCGACAAACCUGUGAGAAAUCUCUCAGCGCAUUUUUACUUCUUUUUUUUUGUAUUUAUUUCCCGGAGCUGUGGUUGUUCCAGCGACAUGAGUGUGAAGGUGAAGCGGGCCGGGCUGCUGCUCCGCUGGCAGAGGUCCUGGUCCAUCCCGGCCCCCUGGUCCUGGAGGAGAGGGAGAGGGAAGGGGAAAGGAGACCGGGACGCCAUACUUGGAAGUGAGGUUAUCCUGACAAAUAUGAAACUUUUCAACAACUUCCAUGAAAGUUUCCUGAUGGCCGAUGAUUCCGUCUCCACCAUGUCAACGACAUCAGUUUCGGACCAGGACAUGUUGGAUUGUAUGAAAGCCUGUGAGGUGAAUUCCCACCUUGAUGACCAGUCCAGUCGGCCUCAGACGGGGUCCGGCUCCGACUACCUGUCUGCCAUCCUAGACUCUCAGCUGCCACGCUUGUACAAGUUUGAAUCGGAAGACUCUGGUGUGGAACUGGCCAGUGGAGCUAACUCUCCAUCCACCCCAACAGGGUCAGAGCACAGUUUUGUCGUUCACAGUCGAGAGUCCUCCUGUGAUUCUUGUAACUUAAGCACUGAUCCAGCCUGCUCUCCAAAUGAACUCAUUUUAAAUGUGCAGAGCUCUGAGAGUAAGCUCGCAAGCGACCCAGUGAAAAAAACAUUUAAUUUAACAGUGGAUGCUCAAGAAAGAGGAUUGAUACAGAGACAGGAAUGUAGCUCGUUGGCUGUGUCCCCCAGCAGGGCGUCAGAGACCAGCCCCGGAGGAGAAGGAGAGGCACAUGACCAUUCUGAGGAGACCAGAGUUUUAACUGAGGAAACCCGCUCAGAAGAGAGGCGGGAAGCCACAACGGGUCCAUGUGGUGACAUGAUGGGCAAGGAACCAGCGUGUAUGAGGCGAAGCGCCUCCAGCGACAGUCUGGAGGAGUAUAUGGACCAAUGCUGCAGGCUUAGUGAGGUGCAACAGCAGAAUUCCAGCCCUCCGGGCACCGGCCUGGGCUACCUGGAGCAUGUCUGCCAACUCCUCCAGAAGAUCGCUCAGCUGCAGGAGAUCAAUCUGCAGAUGCAAAGGCAGAUCUGCAGUCUGCAGGAAGAUGGCAGGAUGGAAAAGAUGAAGGAGGACUGUUUCCAGCAGCGCUGCAUCUGUGGAGCAGCAGCGUUUUCCUCUCAGGAGCUGCAGAAAAGGCUCUCCACUAGUGACCUUUCACCCCACAGUCUCUCUGAUCUGUCCAGCAUCCCAGAGUUCAGCCGGCAGCCGCCACUAUCACCCAGGACAGGCAGUAGGAGUGAAUGUUUGACCCCCACCCCUCUGUGGAAGAGAAGCCUGAACCGGAGGAGUUAUACCGAGGGGGACAGCUGCUUCCUCAGGGACAACGAGGGACUGUCCGUCCCCCAGCGCAGGCUAAGUGAAAGCUACACCUGGGGCCGAGUGAAAGAACUUGUGAGGAAAACUAAAGGGAAGAAUCCGAGCAGGCUGGGACUGAGUUCCUCUUCCCUGAAGAUGUCCUGCCCUCAGCUGUACAGACCUGACAAAGAGCCCACGGAACCUGGAUUCAAAAGCAGGAAGUCCAUGUACGGCUGGGGCCACCACAGCAAACUGGACUUGUCUUGGCCGCAGUGAAUGUUCACUUGGUGCAAACUUUUAUUCCCCUUUUCUUUUUUGGACUUGUCUUUUCUCACCUGUGUGAAGUUUAAAGAAUCCAGUGACUUUAGUGUGUCAGCACUAUGUUGGAAAAUAUCUUGUUCCUCAUGGACAAUGACCUGUCGGUUGUACCUUACUGUAAACUUCCAUAACUCUAAAUGACUCCAUGUGUCGCUCACACAUGUGCUACUGUGACUGUUCGGCUGCUACGGACGUUAAUGUUGAUACUACUUACUGACAUCAAUGAUUCUCAUGAAGAUGCUGAGAAGUCUGCUCUGAAAUACACACAUAGCAUUUAUAUUUGCAAUCUGUUGUAAAUAUUAGACAAGUGGCACCCAUCUUGUACAAAACCUUUGUAGUCUGCUAACAUUCACGUGAAAGUGGAAUACUAUUUUCAAGCCACUAUGUAUUUCUUUUGAUAUUGUAAAACUGUUAUUUCUGCCCUUUUUUUGCAGAUAUUUAAUAAACUAUAAAAGUGUACUUCAUGAUUUGUUGCGAGUCUGAGGAAACAACGACGGUAUUAGCAGGAAGUCCCAGGAAACAAAUGUCAACAUAUCACAACAUCCUCGUUGCAUACAAAGCUGAGUUUUCCUCUGCUGUACUGUUACUUCAUAAUAUACCAUACUUGUACUAUGAUGUUGUGUACUUGUUUGAUGACAAAGCGGUUGGUUUAAAUGCGAUCACUGAAUCCUGAUGACAUCACAGACAUUUAUGUCUCACCGUAGGACAGACGACUGUCUCUGUUCUAUAUUCACAGUACCCAUACUGCAUCAGUAUAUUCACAUUUAUUUUUCACAAUAAAGUAAAUCAAAGAAUAAUAAUUCUUAAUG